AUGACUCAGUGCUGCAGGAUCAUUAACAUCGACAAACAGCAGUUCCUCGGCGACAACUUCUAUGGGCCACUGGGAAGAUGGCUCUUCAGUAACUCCGUAGACCGCCCACUGACGGAGCUUUUCGCGAUACCAUUUGAUACGCCGAUUACUCGUGUACUUGAGGACUUUCCCAUAGUUGAGCGGAUGCGUGUCAAUGCUCUUGGAAAGCUCGACAAGUUUCCGAACGAAGUGCUGGCGAUGAUAUUCGACUGUUUUGACAGUGUACCGGACGCGAUCUGUCUCGGACUCGUGAACGGUUACUUCCUGGCCCUCGGCCGCAAGCGUAUCCACGCCCUCAUUAUCGCAAGAUCUGCACCCUGGAGUGGCGACCGCAUCAUCUGCCUUGGCAAGCGCUCACGAGAGGACCAUUUUCCAGCUGGUAUGCUCUCCGAGCACGAGAAGCACAUGCUCGGCAUGCUCAAGCUGCAAGAUGACUCCCCUGCUGCUUGUGCAGCCGACAGCGACGAUGAUUCAAAUUCCGAUUGGCCUGGCCUGUAUGACUACGCGAUGGAACAUUUUGAAGAGAUUUUCCCCAAUACGAAUACACAGAAGACCAAGGACAUGUCAUUGCUCAUGCGCAACCUACCAGCCCCAUACUCUGCGCAGAGUAUGUCUGAGCCAGACUACGUCGACGGCGCCCAGCCCAGUACCGUCUGGGCGCUUUGUAACCUCUCUAAGCGAGAGUACGUUCGUGGAGACAAGACAGCUCAGCUCACGCACUCUGCUACUAAAGGCCCCUGCACCGAUGGCUCCGUCGGCCUCGGGCACGUCCUCGUUACGCGCAUUUGCUGGUCUUCGGAUUCUAGGGUUGGACUGCAAUACAAUGGUGACCUGCACCAGGGCCCAUGGGCAGGGGACCGUAUCGUCAUCACGACGCUCGACCGGAUGCCGAUUGGGCACUGGACGGACAUCUCAAAGGAGGCCCUGAAACUCGUUGAGGCCGUCUGGGAUGCUGAGUUCGCAAACUUCAAGCACCCUGAUUGGCGCAAACUCAACUGGUGA